AUUUAGGACAUUGUUGGACACUUGGACUUGCUCUGAGGAAAAGGAUGAAAAUAGGCAUUCGUCAUCAUCAAUCAAACCCCUUUCCUUUUCCACCGACUUCCUUCAUUUACAUACCCCUCAGAUCGCUGCUUGAAUCCAACUUGACCUGUAUAAAUUCUUCUUGUUAAACUUUGUAUGCCUCAAACAAUUGAAGAAAAUGCAAACAUCCUGUCCCAAAACAGUUGAUGAAGUUAUCGAAGAAAUCAUGAGAAUUCACAGAUCUUUACCAGCAAGACCUGGACUUGAAGAAGUUGAAGCUGCCAAGAUUUUGAUUCGGAACGUUGAAAACGAACAACGGUCCAGAAUCGACUUUAUUUCGAAGCAAGUUAAGGGUUCUCAAGUUCCUGAUGAAUUGUUUAAGAUUCUACAACAGAUGCAGAGGAAGUGGGUGGAUUUUCAAAGUAAAGAAGAUAGCAGGGAGGCUUUGAAAUUGUUGGAUCUUGAUAAUGCACACCAUGUGUUUGAUGAGUUGAUUCAGAGAGCUUCCGUGUGCGUUGAAGGAGGAACUAAAAGUGGUUUUGAGGGUGUUGUUUCGGAUUCUUUUGAGCCUUUGUCUUAUGAUUAUCGGGAGUCUUCUGAGCCUUUGUCUUAUGAUUAUCGGGCGGCUGGUGUGCGGGCAUCGAGUAUUUUGUCUGAAAAGGAGGGUGUUGGUGGUUCUUCUAAGUUGUUUACAAGGGAUGAUACUUAUCUAAACAUGUCAAAAGCUACUGUUCAUGGGGAUGGAAUUGGAGGUGGGAUGCGAUCUGGGGAUAUUGUAACUCCUAUGAUUGUGGAUUCCACUUUGAAAUCUGUAACUAGUACAGGUAAAGAUGGUGAUAAAUUGAGUCUUAUAAAGCUUGCUAGUUUAAUUGAAGCAUCUUCCAGAAAAGGGACUCUGGAUCUGAAUCUUCGGGGUAAAUUGAUGGAUAAAAUAGAAUGGUUGCCUGAUUCGAUUGGCAAGCUGUCAAGUUUGACCACAUUGGAUCUGUCUGAAAACAGGAUAUUGGCCUUACCUGCCACUAUAGGAGGGCUUUCAUCACUGAGAAAGUUGGAUUUGCAUUCAAACAAAAUAAGUGAACUCCCAGAUACUAUUGGUGAUCUUCUUAGCCUGGUUAGUCUUGACUUAAGAGGGAAUCAGUUGGCAUCUCUCCCCUCCACUUUUGGGAGGUUGGUUCGGCUUGAAGAGCUGGAUUUGAGCGCAAAUCAUCUGCAUGUACUUCCAGAAUCAAUUGGGUCACUUGUCAGCCUAAGAAUUUUGGAUGUUGAGACCAACAAUAUUGAAGAAAUUCCACAUACUAUUGCCCAUUGUUCCUCACUGAAGGAACUUCGAGCAGAUUAUAACCGACUUAAAGCCCUACCCGAAGCAGUUGGACGAAUCACAUCCCUGGAAGUUCUAUCUCUGCGUUACAAUAAUGUCAGUAGAUUGCCAACAACGAUGGCAUCUCUGGCAAGCUUGAGGGAGCUUGAUUUAAGUUUCAAUGAGCUAGAGUCUGUGCCUGAGAGCUUAUGUUUGGCCACCACACUUGUAAAAUUGAACAUAAGCAACAAUUUUGCUGAUCUGCAUCAUCUUCCGAUGUCCAUUGGAAAUCUUGAGUUGUUAGAGGAGUUGAAUAUGAGCAAUAACCAGAUAAGAGUCCUACCAGAUUCCUUUAGUAUGCUGUCCAAAUUACGUGUAUUGAAUGUGGAAGGAAAUCCCCUAGAAGUUCCACCCAGAAGUGUUACUGAUAUGGGGGCAGAGGCUGUUGUUCAGUACAUGGCCGAACUUAUUGCAAAGAGAAAUGUUAAGUCACUACCUGUCAAGCAGAAGAAGUCUUGGGCUUCUAUGUGUUUCCUGUCAGCUUCAAACAAAAGGAAGCGGAAUGCCAGUGGCAGUGGUGUUGACGCGAUAACCUAAUAAACUAAAAGGAUUCUUUUUCUUAAUAACCUAAGAAACUAAAAGGAUUCUUUUGCUUAAGUUUCUGUUUCUUGUUGCUAGCGUAAGCAUUUUGGUUAAUACAGUGCAUUUGUAACA